UCAUAAUCCACACAUAAAAUAAAAUUUUGGCUCAUCAAUAUGAGAAACAUGUCUCAUCAUUCAUCACUGACGUUGAAUUCCAAUAUACACGCCUAUUUCAUUUUGUUAUAAAACAAGAUGACUAAAUGAAUCUUUGCAGGUUUCUUUCCCAAAGUUGAUGACACUAGUUCUCGAUAAUUGUGUAAACUCAAGAGAGAUACAUCCUUGGAAUCUUCAGGCUAGCAAAAUAAGUUUAAAAUUCUUGGACGUAGCGAAUCUGGACAAGUUAAUUGUGAGAAAUUGUAGUGAGGUGGCAGAGGUUUUUCAACUUGAGGGGCUAAAUGUUGGAGAAGGACAACAUGUUAGGCCAUUAAUUGAAGUAAGAAUGAUGGAAUUGGAUGGAUUACCUCAAUUGACAUGUUUGUGGAACAAGGAUCCCCAUGGAAUUCUGGGCCUUCAAAGCCUACAAUACCUAACAAUUAAGAAAUGUUCCCUCUUGAGAAAUCUAUUCACAUGUUCCACCGCCAUGGCACUUCAACAACUUAAAGUACUUCAUUUGGAGUCUUGUCCAGUAAUGGAAGAAAUUAUAGCAGCAACAGAGGAUGGGCUCAAGGAAGUGAUUGAUGUGAUUGAAUUCCCAAAGUUAGAGUGGCUAAUACUGAAAGAUCUACCAAACCUCAACAAUUUUUGUAAUGCAAACUAUAAUUUUAAUUUGCCAUCAUUAAACAGAGUUGUUCUGAAGAGGUGUCCGGAUAUGCACAACUUUACUUUGGGACAAGUACGCAUGUCACAGAUAUUUAUAAGUACACGUGGUAAUGAAGGCCUUUGGACAGAAGAUCUCAAUAAGUAUUUAGAGGAACGACUUCUGAAAGGAGAGGAAUGCGCAACCGUGGAUGAAAGUGAUUUUGACAUCGAAGAAGAACAGUUCUCUAACCUUUAAUGGCUAAAUGAGUAAAAUAUGAUCGAGUUCAAGUUGCUGAGAUUGGAGUAUGCUGGAUUACCCUCCUACAGUCAAUGGCAAACUUAUUGUUUCUUCCAAUAAGUUAAAAAAUAAAAAAUAAAUUUUUAGAUGAUUUCUAAUUCCCGUCAUUUGUGUCUACGUUGUCAUAUACUACUACAUUAGUGUGUUUAUUGCAAAACUAUUCAGCUACCUAUAGUUGUAUAAGAAAUGAUAUAUAUAUAUAUAUAUACAUGUGUGUGUGUGUGUGUGUGUGUGGUAGUAAUAAACCUAAAUGUAAUGUCA